CGAAAACGAAUUUGAAAAUUUCGCUACAAAUUCAAUACUCUUUCAGCGACCGUGAGUAACUAUUUUCUAAACUAUUUUACAGAACUUCAUCAUGCCCAGUUACUGAUCCGAUGACUGACAAAUCAGAAUCACAACAAUGUCGUCCCAGACUCUGAGUGAAGAACAAAAACGACGAAUCGAAGAAAAUAAACGGAAAGCUUUAGCUAUCAGAGCAGCUAAAAAUGCAUCCGUAACUCCACCAGCUACCUCGUUCAACAACACACCAAAAUCUGGCUCAUUCAAUCCUUCGACUCCCAAAUCCACUAACUCAACUCCGAUUUACCAAAAUGGUUCCAAAGAUAAAUAUCAGCCGCAGAGAAAUGGAAUUUUGGCCAUCGAAAGAAAACCUGCUUCUGAAGCUAAGAAGACUGCUUACGAAGUCAAGAAGACUGAUUCUCAAGCUCCUAAAGCAAUCUCACUGAAUAAUUUCUACGGCUCACCGACGUCCAGACCAGUUACCGUCAAUUGUGUUCUGAUUUCAAGGGACAGAUUCGCCGCCGAUUUUAUAUUCAACAAAGUCGUAGUGGAUGCGUUAAAAACGAUUCCAAAUAGACAAUACGAUCCGAAAACUGCUCGAUGGAGUUUCCCUUUGACCGAGUAUAAUAAAGUAAAGACUACGUUGCAAUCGAUCAAAGAGAUCCUUGUGAUCGUUAUUCCGUUACCAAACUUGGUUUUGAAAACAUUCGCAACUGCAUCUAAACAGAAAGCUGAUUACAAAUCUAUCGAUUUAUCCAACAUAGACAAAGCUUUGCUCGAUAAUUUAUUCCCUUUUCAAAAAGAGGGUGUUCAAUUUGGUGUAUCGAAAAAUGGCAGGUGUAUUAUUGCGGACGAUAUGGGUCUGGGGAAAACAAUCCAGGCUAUUGGUAUUGCUCAUUAUUAUUACCACGAUUGGCCUCUUUUGGUCGUAUGCCCUUCUUCGAUGAGAUAUCAAUGGGAGCAAGAAAUAAUGAACUACCUUCCGAACGUGCCAUUAACUAGAAUAUUCGUCAUGAGGAAUAGCAAAGAACCCAUCGACAAUCCAUUGGUGUUGAUUACUUCGUACGAUUUGAUGUCUAAAAAUGAGAAACAAUUACUCGAAAUCGAAUUCGGUGUUAUUAUUUUGGACGAAAGCCACUCGAUUAAAAACAUGAAAACUCAACGAACCAAAGCAGCAUUUUCAUUGAUAGCUAAAGCCAGAAGAUGCAUAUUAUUAAGUGGAACUCCGGCGUUAUCCAGACCAAUGGAAUUAUACCCUCAGAUGAAAGUUAUCGAUUCGAAGAUUUAUUCGAUGAAAGAAUUCGGUAUGAGAUACUGCGAAGGCAAAGAAAGUAAAUUCGGCAUGGACUACACCGGUUGCUCGAAUAUGGAAGAACUCAAAGUACUUCUCGAAGAGAAAUUCAUGAUCAGAAGAUUAAAAGCUAAUGUGCUCAGUCAGUUACCUUCUAAAAUAAGACAAGUCGUCGUUUUGGACGAAGAUCUGAUCAAGGCGAAGAAUAAAACGAUGAGAGAUUUUGCCGAAAAAUUAAAUGACGAAUCAAUGAAAGGAACCGAACGAAGAGGUACCCUAUUGCAAUAUUAUGCUGAAACAGCCAAAACGAAAAUAAACGCCAUCAAGGAUUACGUUUGUCAAGUACUGGAAGCCGGUAAUAAGUUCUUGCUGUUUGCUCAUCACAAAGUGGUCUUGGACGAAGUAUGCAAAUUAUUAGAAGAGAAACAAACCUACUAUAUCAAAGUUGAUGGAUCGGUCAGCUCAGAUGCUCGUAAAAGUGUAUGUGAUCAGUUUCAAACCGAAGAAAAAUUCCGUGUGGCUGUUCUAUCGAUCACAGCUGCAUCUACCGGACUUACCUUGACAGCUGCGAAUCUCGUUGUGAUGGCUGAACUGUUCUGGAAUCCAGGAAUCUUGACCCAAGCUGAAGAUCGAGUUCAUCGUAUUGGACAGCAAGAUAGUGUUCUUAUCCAGUACUUGAUUGCUCGAGGGACCGCUGAUGAUCAUUUGUGGCCCUUGAUCAAGGCCAAGUUGGGUAUUCUGAAUCAAGCGGGACUCAGUAAAGAUAGCUUUUCCUGCGAACGUACCUCGAUGAAGACGUCUGAUCAGCCUUCCAUAAUGGAUUAUUUCGAAGAUAUAAGCGAAUUUGAGCACGACUUGAGCCAGAUACUCGAUGAAGUCGAAGGAGUGGAAAAUAAAAGAAUAAAGUUAGACUGAUUACGAUGAGGUUUAUUUUAUCGUGAUGUUCCUUACGAGUUUUUUUUUCAUUGGUAAUUUUUUUAUUGAGUUUAUACGUAACCAUAUUUUUUUUGUAUAGUAUUGUUUGAGAGAAAAUUUUUUGUUAUAUUUUAAUAUACUUACUUUCAAGUU